AUGCGUGUGCGGCCCGAGCUGGCAUUGCCCGCUGACUCCCAGGCCCUCAAGAAGAUCAUCAACUCGCUCGCCGCGGGUCGACCAGCAUCCGAAGCCGCUCUGCUCGCAUCCGGCGGACGUCCGAAACGCUCCGACUCGAAGGACUCUGGCGCCGGGACACCAGCCUUCGGUGCGCAGUCGGUACCCGAAAGCAAUGGGACCGACCUCGAGCCGCUGCCCGCCGAGGCUGCGCCGCCAACAGGCGGUCAGAUGCUGUACGCGGGCUCUGUCGACCGUACGGCGAGCUUCAAGGCGCACCGUGACGCCUUCUUCUUCCUGCUGCAGCGUGAACUUGAGAAGGUGUGA